GCUCGCGCAGGUCACAUGACUGUCUCCGCUACUGUACAGUUUGAAAGGAGCUCGCCCGUCGGCUGCUUUCACCCAUUUUCUUUGUUUUUGUUCGAAGAAAUCGUGGGGAAAGUGGAUUCAAAUGCCAUUUUGUGUCAUGUGGAGACAGUGACGCCGCUGCGCGGGACUUUAGUGGAAAGAAACGCUCGAGAGGAGCGGAGACGCUUGACGUCGUCUGAGGCACCAAAGCAGAGACCGAACAUGAAGAUCGACGUUCCCUAUGAAAAGUUGGCGGACGUCGGGCGCAGGCGGUCGAACUCGGACGGCAAAGCUCAAACGUUCUCCUGUUGCCUGGUGGCGCUGGCCGCCGCCGCCUCUUUGCUGCUCGCCGCCACGGCGCUCUACAACCUGCUAGCGCCCGCCGUGACGCCCGACGUCAGCGGUGACCUGCGACCGGGCCCGAAGGAGUCCUGCUCGGACCCGUGCGAGAUCUCCCUGGUGGAGAGCAUCCCCGAGGGCGUGCGCUUCAACUCCAGCGAGCCGUCUCACGGUUCCAUCUACCGGGCGUGGCUGGGGCUGAUGGUCCAGGCCCGCAGCAGCGUGGACAUCGCCUCUUUCUAUUGGACGCUCACCAACCAAGACACGGGCACCCACGAGCCCACCGCAGAUCAGGGCGAGAACGUCCUGAAGAACCUGGCCGAGCUGUCGGAAUCCUUGUCGGUCCGCAUCGCCGUCAGCGCGCCGCGGGGGAGUCGGCCCGGCGAAGACCUCAGACGGCUCAACGCUUCAGGAGCUGCCGUCAGGCUGGUGAAGAUGAGGCAGCUGACCACAGGGGUGCUCCACACCAAAUUCUGGGUGGUGGACAACAAACACAUUUACAUAGGCAGCGCCAACAUGGACUGGAGAUCCCUCACGCAGGUGAAGGAGUUGGGCGUGGUGGUGUACAACUGCAGCUGCCUGGCAGCAGAUCUGGGCAAGAUCUUCGAGGCGUACUGGUUCCUGGGGGACAGCCAGUCCGUCCCGUCGCCCUGGCCCUCCAGCUUCUCCACCCUCUACAACAAGGACACGCCGCUGCAGCUGACACUCAACAACACGCCGUCCAACGUCUACUUGACCAGUUCUCCUCCGUCCCUGUGCGCUGCCGGCAGGACGUCAGACCUGGAGUCCAUCCUAAGCGUGAUGGAGGACGCUCAGAGUUUCAUCUACAUCGCCGUCAUGAACUACUUGCCCACCAUGGAGUUCACACGUCCUAAAAGGUACUGGGCAGACAUUGACACCCAGCUGCGCCGCGUGGCCUACGAGAAGCGCGUGCGAGUGCGCCUGCUGAUCAGCUGUUGGUCCAGUACGCCCCCCGCCAUGUUCCCCUUUCUCAAGUCGCUGGCGUCGGUCUACGAGCCGAAGAGCAAGCUGGACAUCCAGGUGCGGCUCUUCGUGGUUCCCGCCAGCGCCGAGCAGAAGCAGAUCCCCUUCGCCAGGGUCAACCACAACAAGUACAUGGUGACAGACCAGGUCGCUUAUAUCGGCACGUCCAACUGGUCCGGAGAUUACUUCGUGAACACGGCGGGCUCCGCCCUGGUGGUCAACCAGACGGCGUCCUCGUCCCCGGAGCCCAGCGUCCAAUCGCAACUGAGGGCCGUGUUCGAGAGAGACUGGAACUCCGCCUACAGCUUCCCCCUCACGCGGCACACCGACGCCAAAGACGCCUGUGAGGCCACAUCCUUUCAAACCGCUCCUGCUCCGUCGAAGAACUUCAACACUCGGAACGAUACUCCGGUCUGAACGAUCCAUUUUCGGAGCUUUUCAAGACUUGACACGUCGCCGCGGUGUCACCAUUAUGACAGCCUCCGUCGUAGCUCAUCUCAGGGACAACGGAGAAGUUUUUUGUUUUGUUUUCUGGAGUGUUUUCUUGCUGUGUGUAAAUAAAUUAGAUCACAUUUUAAAAUAA